CGGCUCCAGCGGUCGGACGGUCCGGUCCGUUGGACUGGAAGGAAUAGAAAAAAAAAGUUCAGCCAAGUAAUGAAAUAAGAUUACAUAAAGGAUGGAUGCUUUAGUCAUGCUGCAAGCUGCAUGCUUGCCGACCAAUGAGCUCGGCUGGCUGCGCGUCUUGGGCUUCCCAUUCGGGAAAAAGACGGGCGCUGCGUGCUGGGAAAGAGGGCGUUGCCGUCCGUCCGUCCGUCCGAGGCCGAGAAGCAGAAGGAGGGCAUGAGAAGGGGAGGGAGAGAGCCAAAGCCAAGAAGGUAAAAGCUGACAACAACGGCAGCGAGCGGGAGAGCAAAGACGGACGGCUCACAUGUGGACGGACAGACGGACGGACGAACAGGUGCCAGAGUCCGACGCCGUUCGACGGCCGCUCCAUGACGUUUGGUGCGCGUGCCUAUCAUGCGAACGACCGAACGAGCAAGGAGCGAGCAAAGAGCGAGCGAAGAGCGAACGAGUGAGCAAGGAGCGAGCGAGCAAAGAGCGAACGAGUGAGCAAGGAACGAGAAGCGAGCGAGCGGGCACAAGCGAGCAGCUUUCGCGGCGGCUCCCAUCGCAUCGCAUCGCCUCGCCUCGGGCGCAUGCUGGCGUUCCUUGCUGGCGAGGAGCACGAGGAUGACAUGCCUACGAGAGGAAGGCCUGUGACUGCGACUGCGACUGCGGCUGCGACUAGGGCUGCGACUGCGGCUGCCAAGCUCGUCGUCACCGUUUGCGUUUUGAUCCUGGCUUGUCUGCUGCGCGGCGGGGCGCGCGCGAUGCCCAGUUUGGACUUGAUGGAGCACGUGAAGGAGUUGCUCAGGGACGACGCCGCUUCGCAGUGCUCAGAUUGCAAGUUGUACACCCCGACCUGGAGCGACUACAAGACGUGUCCCAAGGACACCCUAAAAUGCUUCUCUGCAGAAGUCCGAGUUCUCGUCACAGAGUGGGAACGAAGUGAAGGGAACGUUUUGAAAAAUUUGGAACGGGGCCUCAAGUUCUUAGAAGAUGGUCCUCACAACCAGAACCAGUCAGCGUGUGGUCCGUGUGAGCUCCAUCCAGAAGAAAACGUCCAACACUUCUUGAAGGAACUUCAAAGAAUUUUGGAGGGCAUCAACUCAGCUUUUAGUGCCAUUGCCUGAAACGGCUGUCAGCUACAAGGCACUUGCUGCCAUGGCACUGCAAAUCUCCCAAGGGAAUUCUUUCGGACAGCAAAUGGACUGACUGGCUGGCGUGCGUCUCUUUGGUUUAGCAACUCCUCAUGUCCCACGACGAUAUUAUUCGGAACGCAUCUAUUUCAUCAGCAGUAUCUCUAUCAACUAAUAUAUUGUUCUUUUUCUU